AUGGAGAAGAAAAGGAAGAAACACAGAGUCCCUGAAGUGCUAUGGAAACUCUUCAAAAACCGAGCCCGAACCCUAUCCGAAACCAUUCUAUCAUUUUUCAACCAAUCUUCACUUCAAUGUCUUUGCAAAGGCAAUCCCGGCUGUCUCUGUUGCUGUUCAGAUGCUGAUCGUAUGUCGUUUCUACUACGAGAAGACGAUCCAUCCGAUUACCGGAAUCUUCUUCAGCAUUGUUUCGUCGUCGUCUCCGAAAAUGCGCCUUCUCUUACACAUUUUGAUCCCAUUUCUCGAUGGUCUCAACUGGAGAUUGUUAGAAGGACAAUUGAAAUGUUUUUAAGUGAGAAUAAAUCCACAAAGAAUGUAAUAUGCACGGGUUAUGAUAAGCACAAUCGGUCAAGCAUUGUUUUGGAAGCUCUAACAUCGGCUUCAUGGAGUCUGCUACUAAAGAGGGUUGGAGAUGGUCUUAUGGUUCAUUUAUUGAAAUAUUCGUCAAUAUUUAUGCCUCUGCACCCAAAGAAACACCAUCAGGUAGCAGGAAUUUCGAUUGAUGGCUUGUGCUGGGAACACUUAAAGCAUGUAUCUCAAUCCAAAACUGUUCCAGGGAGGCAUCUUGAAGUUGAUCCUGUCUCCAUGGACAUCGAUAUUCCAGAAAGUUCUGUGACUCGUAAUGCAGAUAUCAUACCUGAUGCUGACUGUAAUCAUAUUACCCAAGAAAAUGGAGUUCUGCCUGUGGCUAAGUCUGGGAAACGAUUAAGAUCACACACUCGGCAGCGCAGGCAUAAACGCAGGAAGCUGUCAUCUCAGAACACAUCUGAUACAAAUCGUUCUUUACAGGAGGAGAAGGUAAUUUGCGUUUCCAAUACAAAUUUUCUGUGCUCCUGCUGUUCACUUUGGCAAACUCUGCAGAAAUUUCCCAGAGAAAAUCAGAUUAAUAAGCGAUCCAUGUUAUAUAAAGUGGAACGGGGGUCAUCAAUUCUGCCAGAAAAACACAUAUUAAAUUCUUUGAGGCCAAACGCUGUUGGUGUGAAUGCUCUCUUUAGAGAAAUUUUUGGGUUAAGUAACAACUGCAAAGCUGCUCAGCCAGCUAUAUGCUCCCACAGAAAUAACACUCGUGCCAUUAAAACGACAUGCCUAUAUCACUCUCUUCAUAAAUUGCUGAAGAUUCUUAUACGGAAAGCGAUUCAUUGCCCACGUUUACAGAUAUUGACAAAGCAUAUUUGUACAAAUGCCAAUGAAAGUGGGAGCCCUCAUGCUCAAUAUUGCUCAAAAAGGCAAGUGGUGUCAUUUGUGUGGGCAGCUUGUAGGAGCAUUGUUCCUCAAGAGCUAUUGGGAUCUUCAUCUAAUUGCAGGAUCCUCAGGAAGAAUUUGUCUAAGUUUAUCAGGCUACGGAUAUAUGAGAAGUUUUCCUUGCAUCAAUGUAUGCAUAAACUGAAAAUAUCAAACUUCCCAUUCCUAUCAGAUAAGAAUUCUAUCUGCAACUCUAGUACAAAGCGAGAUAUUUUAAGAAGAUGGAUAUACUGGUUUUUUACAUAUCUGGUAGUGCCGUUGUUACAAGCUAACUUCUAUAUAACUGAAAGCGAGCAUGGAAAGCUAGAAGUCUUCUUUUAUGAAAAGUCGCUUUGGGAGAAUUUGAUGAAAAGUUCCAUCUCAUGCUUAACGAAUCAGUGCUAUAGCUUGUUAGAUGUGAAAUCUGUUAAACAAAUCGUAAGCUCUAGAACAUUUGGUUUCUCUAAGGUUAGAUUCCGUCCAAAAGCAAAUGGAAUUCGGCCACUAGCGAACCUCAAAUCAUCAUCACGAUUGCCUCUAAGAGAUGCUUGUAAGGAGUUCAAGCCUGUAAAUGUCGUUCUUAGAGAUCUGCAUGCCGCACUAAAAGAUGCGCAACUCGUAAAACCAGAAAAAUUAGGCUCAUCAGUGUUCAGUUACAAUGAUGUGCACAGAAAGUUACGUGGGUUCUUAUCUCGUGUAAAAAGUGGAAUGGACAUGUUUCCUUGUGUAUAUAUGGUUGUUGCUGAUGCUCAAAAAGCCUAUGAUUCCAUUGAUCAUGAUAAACUGCUUCAUGUGAUGAAAGAUGUGAUAACUGAUGAUCAUCUUCUACAUCGGACUCAAGAAAUUGUGGUGUCGAACAGAGGUAUGCAAGUCUGUCAACAUAUCAAUAUGUCUAGAAAGUUCCGAUCUCAUGUUCAUGCUCGCUCAUUUCAUAGCGUCCACAUCGAUCGGGGAAGAAGCAGAAUAGCAAGGAAAGAAGAUCUCCAUUUUAAUCUUCAACAGCAUGUUAAGUACAACUUGUUACAUAUAGAUAAGAGGUUUUACCUGCAAAAUGUGGGUAUACCCCAAGGAAGUAUUUUGUCUUCACUACUCUGUUCAUUUUACUAUGGACACAUGGAAAAUACCAAACUUGUUCCAUUUCUGAACAAGGUUGCUGAAUCAGAGUUUCCGGAUAGACGUGAUUUACUACUUCGUUUUAUUGAUGAUUUUCUUUUCAUCUCAACCUCAAAGAAACAGGCUCUUGCAUUCUUCUCUAGGCUACAAAGAGGAUUCUGCGAGUAUAAUUGCAGCAUGAACAAAGAAAAGUUUGGUUUAAGUUUUGAAGCGGAAAAGAUUAGGCCACAAUUAAAUCGGGUUUACCUUGACGAAAAUGGUAAUAAGUUUCUCCGGUGGAGUGGUUUGUAUAUCAAUUGCAAGACUCUAGAAGUUCAGGCAGACUACACGAGGUACCUGGAUGGUCAUUUAAGGUCAACUCUUACAGUGUGUAUGCAAGGGAAUCCAGGUCGACGUUUCAGGGAAAAAGUGUGCGACUACUUGCGACCUAAAUGCCAUGCCAUCUUCUAUGAUUCAAAUAUCAAUUCACCAGCGGUGGUCAGAUUAAAUAUUCAUCAAGCAUUUCUGCUGUGUGCAAUGAAGUUCCAUUGCUACACGUGUGAUUUAUCAGAUGUUUGUAGUUUUGACUUGGGAUCCUAUAUGGACAUUAUCGACAACUCUUUGAGGUAUAUGUACAAGCUUAUGAAAAAACGGAUGUAUUCCCUGGACGUUGAUAACAAUGUAAGGGGAAUUCUCAAAGUGAAAAAAAGAGAGGUCGAAUGGCUUGGAUUAACAGCUUAUUGUGAAGUCAUAAAGCGAAAACAAUCGAGGUACAAAGAGUUGCUCUAUUUGUUGGAGCUGAAGCUGAAGUCACUUGAUGUGGAAAUGGUCUCACCUGUUCUAAAGUUUGCUGUUGAUAUGUUUAACUCCUCAGUUCUUUGGAAAAUCAAGUUUUGAACCUUUGAAAGAAUACUUUAAUGGUUGUUUUGAAUUUUAGUUGACCAUCAAUGAGUUUGUAU